AUGAGAAUAUUACAGCUGGCUCUCAGACGUGGAAUUGGUCGGCGUAGCUCGAGCAAUUGGUCUGAGUUGGCUCAAGUUUUCCAACGCACGGGCGGGGACAAAAUGCCGGCCAAACUGGACCUCAUGGUUCGGGCCAGCCUACCCUCAAAACUGCGAACUGUGAGGUGUGGGGUGAUUUUAAACUCUCUGAAGUCAGAGCGAAGUGCUGCUUUCCUCGAUGCUCUUUUAGCUGACGUUUAUGCCACAGACCAAUACUGGUACAAUGAAUUUCGCAACCGUUUCAAGAACAACUCGACAGGCCCGAGGAUAAUUCGGUAUUCUUCUACGCUAGAUAUACAGAAAGAUGGGCAAGCAACAUUUUACGGUCUGCCGUCACCAUGGCUUCGAAAACAUGCAGUUGAACUACAGGAAAUUGACCAUUCUUUGACGACAGACGAUUCUACAGAUGGCUGCCACAUAUAUCUCAAGACGACUCCUCAAGUGAUCGGGUUUUCUCCACAAUGGCCGACCCUGGAAAUAUCUGAUCUAGACUCUGAUUUCCCUAUCGGCUCACGGGAACUGAACAGCUCCAAGGCUUUAUCAGGGGUCCUUGAGCUCAUCGAAGAUAAACACAAUGUGAGUCACUAUUUGAGUUGCUUGGAAAGUUCCAACUUUUUGACGGUCACUGAAAAAUUGGGGGAUCGACUCGAUGACAAGGCGCGCGUUUUUCAAGAUUUAGGUCGGGCCGUUAUUCAAAACAUUUAUAACACUGAUGCCUGUAUUUUGAAUCAUCAAAAAGUCUGUUUACAAAAUGCGAAGACUACCCAAGAGAUCGAGGACUGGGCCACGGAUGCCCAUAGCUAUUUACUGUCACGCUACAAGCCUCAAAUAGAGGAGUUCAUUAAGGAUCAACUCUCAAUUUUCAAAAUUUACACUUACUCCGAGAGUAGAACUGAAUUAAAACUGCGUGAACUAUGUGAUGUCAGUGAGAAGACGGGGAUCCAUGAACGCAUAAAUCAUCUAAGAGGACGACUAGACUUACCACAGACCUCAACGAGUACGAAGCUAGACUCGAUGUAUUCAAAAGUACCAGCUUUGCGUAAGGGUAUCAGCAAGGUGAUUUAUCAACAAUUUUUUAAGCUUCAGUUGCCGCUAUCAUUGUGUGCUAUCGGCGGUGUUUUGUCGGGCCAGUUUUCUGCAUACUCUAUGGGAUCACUCGCGUUAUUUGGCAUCGUACUGGGUGCCUGUCGAAUAAUGAAGAAAUGGUCAUCUAUGCUAGAACAGUUUGAAAGUGAGAUAAUGAAUAUAAACAGACUUCAAAUUGAACAUGGAAAAAUGAAGAUUGAGGAUGAAUGGAAGCAAUCAUUCAAGACACAUGAAGCUCUUGUACAAAGAAAGAUCAAAGCUUUGGAAGAUAUAGGAGAAACCUUGAACAAGAACAAUGAUACAUAA